AUGACAGAUACAUCUAUUUAUUUCUAUCUUCGAAAUGAACCAUUUGGUGAGUUUAGUAAUUUUUAUCUCGCUCCUAUUGUAUUAGAUGGGUGUACCUGGUCAACGACUGAACAUUAUUUUCAAGCACAAAAAUUUAUUUCCGAUGAAAUACAUUAUCAAAAUAUUCUACAAUUAGCGAAACCUUGUAAAGUAUUUUAUUAUGUUCGAAAACACAAAUCUUCUCGGCGUGCAGAUUGGGACGAUGUCAAAGAUGAGAUUAUGUUCAAAGCAUGUCUGGCAAAAUUUCAACAGCAUUUAAAACUGAAAGAAUUAUUAUUAUCUACUGGUGAUCGAACGUUAGUCGAACAUACAAAAAAUGAUUCCUAUUGGGGUGAUGGAGGUGAUGGUACAGGAAGAAAUCAAUUAGGAAUUACUCUAAUGAAAGUUAGAGAAUAUCUCAAAAAUAAUUCAGAAUGA